AUGCAUGGCCGACAUGACAUCCUGUCAUCGCCGCGGCUGAUUGUCCUUGCUUUCAUGGCGAACUGUCCACCACUAUUUCCCUCAAAAACCCUCCCGCCCGUGUGCUCACACCCCACACCCGCCAUCGACGACGCCAUCGACCUCGACGCCGCCGCCGGCCUCGCCUACCUUGCCUUGUCCGGCGCCGCCGCCCCCUCCGGGAAAGGCAAGCCUCGUGCCCCGCGCAAGACCGUCGCCGUGACCAAGCCAAAGAAGCCGCUGGCACCCGAACAACGGGCAAGGCAGUCGGCCAAGAGGAAGGGCCGGAGGCACGCCGCGGACGCGAGGGAUGAGGCCGCCGCGCAGGCCGUGGUCGUCGCCGCGGCGGCAACGAGGGAGGUGUUCUACAUGCUAGGGUUAAACCCUGGCCGGCACGGACUCGUCCAAGCCGCCGCGGCCAGCACCGGCUCGUCGGCGUUUCCUCGGAUGGUGCUGCCCGACUCGCCCCGCGCGUCGGCUUGCAAGCCGGGAGGAGACCACCGUCGCCGUCGCGCUCGACCCCGCCGCCGCCUGGACGCCGCCGGAGCACUCCCCCGCCGGCCUGCUUCCCCCCUUCCUCCCCUGCGUGCGACGUCCCCGUCCCCCCACCCCGAGCCCCGCUGCCCAGACCCUACGCCUGCGGUGAGGCCCUCGGCCGUGCUCGUCCCCUCCCCUGCAUCGCCGCGCUCCCCGCGUUCGGCCCGCGCCCGGGCCACGCGUCGCCCUGCCCGGCGUGCCUACACACGCCCGUGGUCGCGCCCUCUCCCCCGUGAGCAGCGCCCCUCCUCUCUUUCCCUCGACGCGCUCACCGCAGCCCCCGCGCCGGCCCUCGCCUCUGUCGCCCCUGUGCGUCGCCCGCCGCCCGCGUCAACUGCGCGCGCGCGAUGGCGCUCCCGCCUUUGCUCGCCCCUCCUCGUGAACGCGCCCGCCACCCCCGUGCUCGGCUACGCCGCCCGCUGA